GUCCCUAUGGGGUGCAGGAGGUCCCUAUGGGGUCAUCGGGUCCCCCUUCCUCCGGGCCAUGGUCUUCUUCAUGGCCAUCGUGGUGGCCGACGUCCCCGAGGGGCUGCUGGCCACCGUCACCGUUUGCCUCUCCCUGACGGCGAAGCGUCUGGCGAGGAAGAACUGCGUGGUGAAGAACCUGGAGGCCGUGGAGACCUUGGGCUCCACGUCGGUCAUCUGCUCCGACAAAACCGGGACCCUCACCCAAAACAGGAUGACUGUGGCACAUCUGUGGUUCGACAACCAGAUCCACGCCGCCGACACCACCGAGGACCAAUCCGGUACUUGGGGGGGCGGUUAUGGGG